UUACUUCUAAAUAUUAAAUAAGUAUGGAAUCAGAAGAAAAGAAACAAUUUGAUUCAUUAUUAGGAGGUGAUCAUUCACUUCCUAAUGAUAUCAACAUCUUUAAAUAUGCGGCAGCCAGAGCUCAAGAAAUUGAAUUUUUGGAAAAUUCCUUACAAAAUCCAACAUCUACAAAAUUAAUAUUUCAAAAAUUACCUAUACAUAUGCGUCGACGUGUAAUGAGCCAUAAUACUAAAAGAUUACCAAGACGUUUACGAAAAGGUCAUUUAAACCAACUCAUUAAAUCUGGAUUACCACCGAAACAAAAACGUCCAUCUCGAAAAUAUCGACGACGUCCAGUCAAUUUACAAAAAGAAUAUUUAAGACGCCAAACACGAAUAUGUUGGCUUGAAACACAUUUAUGGCAUGCAAAGCGUUUUCAUAUGAUUGAACGAUGGGGUUUUAAAAUUCCUGAUAAACCUUGCGAUAAAUCUUUUCGAGCACUAUAUCGAGCAAGUGCACAACAUUGUCUAAUCCAAGAUAUUUCUUAUUAUAAUUGCAUUGAAAUUUCUGGAAUGCAAAAUAGCAUUUUAGAUAUAUUCAGUGAAAUGACUAGUCCAAAAACUGGUUUAAGCAUUGGAGCUAAAUGUUACAUAAACGGGCAAAGGGAAGGUACAAUUAUGCUUUAUUAUCCAAACUCGUAUCCAAAUCAAUCAAUAGGUGAAGCUACAUUUUUUUGGAAACCAAAUUUGAACCAAAAUGAUUUUCGUACACUUUGGAUAUGGGUACAUCCAGGAUAUAGUAAUGAAGUUUUAGAAGUGUUAAAAAGUAAAACUAAUAAAAAUGAAGGUAAAAUCGAAAUAAAUAAUUUGAGAAAAGAUAUUAAUCGUUUUCGAUUAACCGGACCUUUAUCACAUAUAGUCUUAAAAAAGUGUUUUGAAAUUGCAAAUAAAAAUAAUAUAUCAAAAAAUAAUUGGUUUGAAAAUCAUCUAAAUUCAAAUAUUGAACAAUCUGAGUUUUGGAAUGAUCUGAAUGUCUCAUCGCCUGCAGAAUUACCACCGCGAAUUAUAAUCGGUUUAACUGUAUGCGAUCCACGAUUCAAUAUUCCAAAAAAACGAACUAAAGCUGUUGCAAAUGAUGACGAUGAAUAUGAAUUAGCGUUUAUUCCAUCCUUACCAAGUAAUCUAUCGUUUAGUCAUAUUUGGGAUCCUGCAAUACGUAAGCAAUCGUUAGAAGAUCAAUUAAGUAAUACACAAAUUUGUAAUCUUAAAAGCAGUCAACUUGUUCCUGGUGAGCAAGAUUCAAUAUUCAAAAAAGUAGCUACUUUACCAGUUUUAAUUAUUCAAAGGCCUGGAAAUCAAACUACCAAUUUGGGUUAUGGGAGUGGAUACGACAUUAUUUUACCAACUGGUUGGGGUUUACCUCUUUGGAGAACAUUAAUUAUGUGGGGCGCUAGAGCUGGUGGAUUACGUGAAGAUCGUGUAUCAAUUCUUGAAAAUUUCAAAGGAGUUCAUUUUCCCCCCGAUACAAAUGCUGGUCAAAAUGAAAACAAUCGAAUUAAAAAUUUCUUAGUUGAAAAAUAUUUUAAGCUGCCUCCAAGUAAACGAGUCAAUUAUACAAAAUUUGGUAUCGUUUCUCCAUUUUUAUGUAAAUGGAAUAUGUUGGCAAAAGAAUGGCUUGAGAAUCCAGUUGGAGAUAACUUUUAUGUUUUACGGGAUGUGCAAUUACUUACCAAAAUUCAGAAUUAUUUAGAAACAAAUCGAUUAGAAAUGAAAGGAAAAUUAGAAAUUGAUUGCACACAAGAGGCGGUUUUAGUGCCUGUUAAAAUACAAUUAAAACAUCGUGGUUUAGUUCAAAGGUUUGCGAUUAUUUGUUUACCAAAUGCAAAUGAUACUACAAGUAAAAACAGUGAGAAUAUCCUCGAAAAAGUACAUGUUGAUGUCAAUGAAAUUAAACGAAAACAGUUACGAAACGAACAUAAAACACUGUUAAAACGACUUAAACGAAAACGAACAGCUAUUAAAAAAAAGUGCAGGGAGGAAAAUACAACACCAAAUAUGCAACAAAACACAUCACAAAUAAUUGAAGAUCAAUGCAAAAAAAUGCGUGAAUUAUGGAUUCCAGAGGCAACAACUAUUCGUCAUUCUUGUGAUCGUGAAGUAAUUGGUUACAUUACACAUGGUGAUUUCAGUUUUAAUAAAGCCAAAUCGUGUGCAGUGGGCUUUAUAACAUUACAAAGUGUUGCAUUCAUAAAAAAUAAAACUAUUUUCGUUAGAAAUACAAGCAAUCGAUGUUAUCGAUUAGCUAAUAUUGAGAUUAUUAUUUAAAU